CUCAAAUUAAAGCUGAAAGUCUGAACUUAAAGCACAUCUUGAUUGUUGAUUUUCAAAUCCAUUGUGGUGGUGUACAGAGCUGAAAAUUGUCUCAAAUGUUCAAACAUUUUGGACCUGACCAUAUAUAAAUUGGUAUGUCUGAAUAAACAUUCAACAUACAAGUUCCACAUCUGCUUCUGUUUCAGAUUGAACUCGUUUGCAUGUCAUGUUGCCUUCAUAUGCCGCCAGCAAUAUCGUAAUUACAAGUUUUAUCCUACAAAGGAGUACAAGAAAGAAGGGUACUUGUUCUGUUAGCGUCAGGCGUUCAGGUGAAUUACUGCUUUUGUAUCCUUGAACUGUUCUCAAUCAAACACUCCAUGUCACAUACGUGCUAGAAUACGCGACUGUUAUCUUUCAGAAGGACGAAUAUUGUGGUGUUUGCUUAUUCCCGGUGUAAUGAAAAAUCGUAUCUGAGGCGUAGGCCCUGAAGGCAGCACGGCUGGAGGAGCUACAGAGCUAACGAAGAGUUGCUAAGGGAACUGAGAGCUCAACGACUCUGCUAAAUGUGGGCUCUUGUGUGCUUCGGCUCAGCAGCAUAAUGUUUGCCGUUAAGUUAACACUGGACAGAAAACUCUGCCAACGCCUUGCAAGUUGACAAGGAACUCCUGCAUUUUUUUGUCCAAUGGCAGCCCAGGGAUUCAGCCAGCGAUGGAAGUUGCAUCUCCCAGAGUUCAAGCACAGCAAGAGGGGCUUGAGUUCGACUACAGAAGACAGUGAAAGAGGCAAGACAGAGAGAGGAGCCAGCAGAGGGCUGCACAAAAGUGUUACAAUGGCAGCCACCUCCAGGUAUCUGACAGACAAGCAUUAUGUGAUGAGAAAGCCUCUGUUCUCUGCAGAACAGCACACAUCCAUCUUAAAGAAGAGACAUCCACAGAACCCCACAGAGCAGAAGAAACAACUGGGUGUUAACAGAGGAGAAUACACUGCCAUGAAAUUCUUAACUAGACCAAGAAAAGCACUGAUCCCAGAGAGCUUCAACCUCUAUGACAGUGACAUCUCACCUCCCUCAGCCUCUGGAAAAGACCUUGGCUCACCCUUGGGUGUCUCAGAGCUACAGGCCUGGCUUAGCUGUGAGGAACCUACUUUUCAGUCGUCUUUCUCUGACAGCAGAAUUUCAGAACAGAGCUUCUCAAGUUCCAUCCUGCAAGUCCAGAGAAUUAAACCUCCUCUGAGGCCACAACUGACCUCUACAGUCUUGAAUCCUACCUACACCCCUCGCUCAGAGUAUUCCAGACCAGGCCAGACUCAGCUCAGGCUUAAGGAGGUGGAAGAAAGUGAUAAGUGGGAGACCAAAUUAUGUUCUCUUAAAGCACAUUCAAAAGGAAGCCCUGAGUCUCCCUAUCAAACGAAUUACUGGGCCUGUGCCAUCCCUAAAGCUUUACCUCCAUCCCCAGACAGGCACUCUGCAGGAUGGGAUCCAAAUAUGGAUUACCAGACCCUGCUGGACUACACCUACCCUGUACGACUAGGACAUGUGGUCAGUGAGUGGGACAGCUUUGAACUCCAGGCAGAGUCUUUACUCCAGACAGACCCCAACCUGCAGGACUCUGGAAUUGAACUGAACCAGCUUUGUAGCUCUACUAGCCUAUCAGGGAUGGACUUUUCUCUCAGUAGGGCAAGGUAUACCAGAAGAAGCAGCAAUCAUAAUGCAGGUCAUAGGUCACCUGACCUGCAGGACUUCACCAGAUCCUAUGAUGUUCCACCCUCCAGUUCUCCUGCCUCUCAUAUGGAUGCCAUGACUACGUCCUUGGACAGUUUGGACAGAAGUGCAACAAAUUGUAGCAAAAGUGAUGGUCCCUAUCACCAGCGUAAUGUGCUGUCCUCAUCCCACUCCAUCCCCACUGCAUUUCACUCCACCAGUGUUCUUUCUCAGUCUGGGUGCUUGUGUCGGGAGGUGGAUGAGGAGUUUUGGUGUCUUCCAGAGCAGCUGGAGGAGUUGCAGCUGUUGUCCAAACAGGUGAGGGAGGUGACAUCCCUGCUGAACCAGCCUGUGACCUCUAGCUGGAAGUCUCUGGAUCCAGGCACCACCUCCAUCCUCUCCUCCAUUGACCUGUCUGAGAAACAUGAGGCUGAAAACAAGGAAGAGGAGGCUGAGGUCAAAGAGGAUAAAGAUAAAGGAAAAAGGAGGGGCAGUGAGCAGACGAGGGCUGCUCAGACAGCUGAUCAUAGUGGCUCUGAGACCAUGAGGAGCAGUUUUGGAGGCAGGGUGGAGCCUGCUGGAGGUGAACUGAGUCGCUCCAGUCUCAAGGAGGUGGAAGCUUUGGUGGAGCGGCUGUCUGGCCUCACCCUGCCUGACAGACAGAGGAUGAACCAAGAGGACCAGGAGCAGAGCAAGUCUCUGAUGCAACACAUACAGGUCUUUUGUUCACACCUGGAGCUGCUCAUCCAGUGGCUAUAUGCAGUCUCAGAGAAGAUGGAGCUGUUGGCUGCGGCCACUGUGAGCCCUGAUAGUGUGAAGUCAACUCUGGCUGAGUAUGAGAGCUUUCAGAAAGAAGUGAGCAGCCAUCAGCCCCUGACCUCCGGUGUUCUGCACACCGGACAGCUUCUCCUCAGCUGCAUCAACACUACCUCUCCACUUUUAAGAGACAGCCUGAUGCUGAUUGAGAGACAGUCUGGAGCUCUGCAGACCCACACCGAACAUUUUUUCUCCAGCAUCCUGUCUACAAUGGACAGCCUGACUCAGCAGAGCAGAGAGGAUGGCCCUGUCGAGGUCCAAGGCUCCAGUUUGUGAACAAACUGCAGGGCAUGUCUGCGAUAUGAUUUAUUUUACUUACUUCUUUUUUUUUUUUUUUUUUUUACUUAUUUCCAACAACUAUGUUCUUAAUAGAAGGCUUAUUUAUAAUUCACAAAAAGCACCAGUGACUUUUUUUACACUGAUAUUCAGGACUAGUACAGGGCCUCAAAGUGCUUCCACAACACCGUGUAAAGGAUGAUGUGAAUGCUUCUGUAUUAAUAAUGUUGUCUUUUUCAACUCAUUAUUGUCACUAUUGUGGUUUAGACUUAGUACAAGCCCUCAGGUCCUACUAGAAAUUAUGCAUCUGCAUUAAAACAAAGAUCCUAAAAGAUACCUAAAAUGUAAUAAAUAAAUAAAAACUUGACACAGAUUGGAUACUUCAAUGCUGAAA